GGAGCGCGAGCGGCGGCCACUCCCCGGGCCUCGCCGCCCCUCCGAGCGGCUCCCGGCGGGCGCCCCGGUGAGACACGCCGCGGCGGGGCGGGCUCCCCCGCUAGGAGCAUCGGGCAGGUUUCGGCGGCCCCUGGAUGGGAUCCCUUCUCCGCUGGGCACGGCCGCUCUCCCCCCCCCCACCGGCUGCAGGAAGGAGGACGGCAAAGCAUGCCACCGGAGGGGCGGUUCCGCAGGGACUGACAUGCUGCUGAAGGAGGAAAGGCGCCAGCCCCUCCGCCUCUCCCCGCGGUAGCGAAGGCGAUGCUGCAGGGCGCUCUCCGGGCUCUCCCGCAGGUGCCAGGCUAUCACCCACAGCAGCCGCGAUCGCUGCCGUGACCAGCGCGGCCCCGGGCCAGCCGAGGCGACGAGCGGCGCGGGCCUGCACCCCUCUUCGGGGCGGCGGCGGGGGAAGGUGCUGACUGCGCCCGCGGGGCCCUGCGCGGCGGGCGCGUUUGCAUGAGCUCUGCACCGAGCUGGCGCAGGAAGCGCCUCUGCUCCGCCGCCUCAAUUUUCCAGGGCAGCAAGACCUCGCCGCACGACCGCGACGGUGAACGCCGGAGCAGCGGCUCCGACAGCGCCUACCAGACCCAGAGAGCCCUGGAUGACUGCAAGAUGCUUGUCCAGGAGUUCAAUACCCAGGUGGCUCUAUACCAGGAGCUGGUCAUUUCCAUUGGGGAUGUCUCAGUCACCUGUCCAUCUCUGCAUGCGGAAACGCACAAAACUCGAACCCGAGGAUGUGAGAUGGCCUAUCAGGUUCAUCAAAAACUAGCAGCAGUUUCUGGCCCAGAAGAUGGUGAAAUUCAUCCUGAACUCUGUAGAUUAUACAUCCAGUUGCAGUGUUGCUUAGAAAUGUACACAACAGAAAUGCUUAAGUCCAUAUAUCUGCUAGGAUCGCUGCAGUUUCAUCAGAAAGGAAAAGAGUCUUGUGCCCCACCCAAGAUCCUAGAUACUAAAGUGGAUGAGAGUUCCGAAGUACCUAUUUUAGAAGACACGUCAUCAUCACCAACAGAUAUUCAACAGCAUUUAUGGCAGGUUUCUACAGAUAUUGAAAACACUGAAAGAGAUAUGAAAGAAAUGAAAAACCUUUUAAGUAAACUCAGGGAGACUAUGCCUUUACCACUGAAAAAUCAAGAUGAUAGCAGCCUCCUAAACUUGACUCCUUACCCAUUAGUAAGAAGACGGAAGCGAAGAUUCUUUGGACUGUGUUGUCUUGUCUCAAGUUAGAUUAGGUAAAGAAACACCAAGAAAAUCAUAACUUUGAUUAAAACACUAUCAUUUGACAUUGAAAGGAUAAACAUUACUACUUUUGAUUAUAAAGUAUAUUUUCUACACUAGCCUAUUGCUUUUUCUCUUCUGCUCCAUCCUCCUUUUCAAAAUAAGGGUUUUAAUAGUCAAAAGUUAUGGUGGUCAAGAACCAGCUGUGGAAUAGAUCUAGCAUAACUAAGAAUGUUUUUAAAACUUUUUAAAGUAUGUUUUGCAUGCUUACUUUCAACCACUCAGAGAAAAGACACAUGAAUUAUGGAUAAUAGAUGAUUUUUUAAUUUUUUAUUGUUUGAACUACAGCUAAAAGUUUCUGCAUAGUACAGUACUCUUAUUAGUAUCAUAUUAAAAUACUUGAUCAUAUUCUAACAGUCUUUAAGCAUAGAAAACUAUUUAACAGCAAAAGUAUUAUAGUUCUAAAACAUUUAAACACUAUUGUAACAGAAUUUGCACAAAAUUUCCAGUUGCUUUUUGUGCUCUCAUUCAUAUUUAGUCUUGCACUAUAUCUCAAUUUAAAAGCUUCAUAGAAAAAUAUCUUAAUUUAUGAUACACAAACCAUAUAUGAAAAUACUUAGAACUUGUAAAUACAGAAAAAUCUUAAUAUCUACAUACUGUACAAUGCAUAGAAGUAACAGAUUUCCUUUUAAGCUGAUAGUAUCUCUACAAGCUUUUGGAAAAAAUAAAUAAUUUAUUUAUUAAAAGAAGAUGUAUUAAAAUAAACAAU